CUGUAUGUGGGCGAUCUGGAGGCGGACGUGACUGAAGCCAUGCUGUUCGAGCGCUUCCGGUCGCUCGGUUCGGUUCAGUCGAUCCGAGUCUGCAGAGACCGACUCAGCUGCCGCUCGCUCGGAUACGCGUACGUUAACUUCGAGCGAGCCGCCGACGCCGAGCGAGCCUUGGACACCAUGAACUUUGACCUCAUGCAGGGGAAGCCCAUGCGUCUGAUGUGGUCGCAGAGAGACCCUUCGCUGAGGAAGAGCGGCGUGGGAAACAUCUUCAUCAAGAACCUGGAGAAAUCCAUCGACAGCGAGGGCCUGUACGACAUCUUCUCCUCCUUCGGGACCAUCUUAUCCUGUAAAGUGGUUUGCGAUGAAAACGGGUCGAAAGGCUUUGGGUUUGUGCACUUUGAGACGCAUGAAGCUGCUGGAGAAGCCAUCGAGAAACUGAACAGCAUGUUGAUCAAUGAGCAGAAAGUGUUCGUGGGACACUUCAAGUCUCAAAAAGAGCGCGAGGCUGAAAUGCAGGCGAGAAACAAAGAGUUCACAAACAUCUACAUCAAGAACUUUGGGACGGAUGUGGAUGACGAGAUGCUGGCGGAGAUUUUCAAUCAAUUCGGCCCGACCCUGAGCGUUCGGGUCAUGACGGAUGAGAAGGGACACUCGAGAGGCUUCGGUUUCGCCAGCUUUGAGAAGCACAGCGAUGCCAAACGGGCGGUGGAGGAGCUGAACCGGACGGAGCUGAACGGCAGGCGGGUGUUCGUGGGUCGCGCUCAGAAGAGACGAGAGCGUCAGGUGGAGCUGAAGCGGCGCUUCGAGCAGAUCAGGCAGGAGCGCAUGAUGCGCUAUCAGGGCGUGAAUCUGUACGUGAAGAAUCUGAGCGACAGCGUGGACAGCGAACGGCUGCUCAGAGAGUUCUCUCCAUACGGGAACAUCACCAGCGCUAAGGUGAUGACAGACGGCGGCCGCAGCCGAGGCUUCGGAUUCGUUUGCUUCUCGUCUCCCGAAGAGGCCACCAGAGCCAUCACUGAGAUGAACUGCCGUAUCAUUGAUUCCAAGCCCAUAUACGUGGCUCUGGCCCAGAAGAAGAAGGAGCGUCAGACUCUGCUCAUCCACCAACACAUGAUGAGACGCCAGCAGCUGGAGGCCUACCGGCCCAAACCACACGCUGAGCAGGUGCAGGAUCUCUCUUCAUACCACCUCACACAACCUCAGCCCAGCUCUCAAUGGGACGCACAGAGCGUCAGCCCUCGGGUGAAUCUGCCUCGUUGUGCACCGCAGCACAUCUACACUCCUGAAGUUCACCAUCACCACGAGUUCACAAGCGACCCGCAGCAGCAGUGGGCUGUUCAACAGGUGCAGGAGACUCUGAGCUCAGCAGACAACCAGAAGCAGAUGCUGGGUCUCAGUCUCUUCCCGCUGGUGCAAGACGCGGUCGGGCCGCUGGCGAAUCAGAUCACGGAGAUGCUGCUGGAAACGGAUGAGUCUGAGCUGCUGCAGCUUCUGCAAUGCCAUCAGUCUCUGUGCAUGAAGGUGAACGAAGCGCUUGCUUUUCUUCAGUCUCAUCAGCAGUUCAGCAGCCCUGUUAUUCCAGCCGUCUGAGACACAGAUUCAAUCAUUAUAAACAUUAAUAUAUGUGAAAAAUUCCAUUUAAAUUCAUUUAAUAAUUCAAUGUCUAUUAAAAAGAUCGUUCUCCAUAAAUAAACCAAAUAUGUAUGUUUUUUCUGGUUUGCUUUUUGCAAGGCAUUUCUAUUUAUUUUUUAAUCACAAUGCCACACUUCAUUUUCUACAUUAGAGUUAAAGUUGAGUGGAGGCGGAUGUAACCUGUGCAAUAAAAAGCUAUUAUCACCAAAUC